AUGGUGGGCCUCGGCGACGAGUCCGCAACAGACCCCGCCGACGGUAGCCGCUGGCGCGUCAAGUGGAGCCAGGAUGACACGGGCAAGCUCGUGGUGCUGGGGGCGGAGCGGGCCAGCGGCGGCGCACGGGCGCGGUCGCGGUCGCCGAGCCCGGCGGGGCGCAGCAAGCAAACCCUGAACCCGGCCAAGAUCACGGUCGUCGGCAGCGGCGCGGGCAGCAGCAGCGGCGGCAGCGGCGGCGGCGGCGGCGGCGGGGUGGGGGCUGCGGAGGACCUGGAUGGCGUGGCUCACUGCCCCAGCGAAGCGAGCCCAGGACGGUGGGACAUUGCCACGCAGACAGCCGAGCGCUACAGCUCCUCGGGCGGGUUCUACCCCGCAGCCAACUGA